AUUCCAGGCAAUACUAUGAUUCCGUCCUCCUCAAUUAAGGUGCCACCAACCUCCUGUGGUGUACAUAAAUAUGGCUGCUUCGACUCUACAUGGUCGAGCCAAUCACAGAGGCGUCUGCCAAUCUGCUUGCCCUCAGUAGCGAUGGUGGGCAUGAGUGUUCUUCGGUCUGCCGCUGCUUUUGCAGCCAGGCUAAAUCCUCUAAAAUCGGGGAAUUCUGUGGUGAAUUUGCUCAGCAGAACUGCACAACGCACAGAUAAAGUGGCAGUCCGCUGGGGAAGUCAUGGGAAGCAGAUGUUUAUCAUCAAGCCCACUGGCUUCUAUGACCGGAGGUUUCUGCAGUUAUUGAAAUUCUAUAUCCUGCUUACUGGAAUCCCAGUUGCGGUCUUUGUGACGUCCGUGAAUGUGUUUGUCGGUGAGGCUGAGCUGGCUGGAAUUCCUGAAGGUUAUGAGCCUGAGCAUUGGGAGUACUACAAGCAUCCUAUCACCAGGUGGAUCUCACGGACCUUCUAUGACUCCCCAGUGAAAGACUAUGAGAAAAUGAUGGCUCUGAUCCAGAUUGAGUCUGAGAAGGGUGAGAUGAGACUGAAACAGCUAGAGGUGCGUAAGCAGAUGAGAACGAAGGGAGAUGGACCUUGGUUCCACAUUGAGACACUGGACAAGAAUCUGGUCGACAACAGCAUCAAAUCAACGCCUGACAAUUAAACCAACCGGUCCAACCACCCAGUCUAAACUGUCAGUGCCACGUGUUGAUGGCUCACUGUUUGUAUAUUAUUUUCUUCAUGACUAAAAUAAAGUAAAUGUCAAUACUUUGAAA